CCUGCACAGCCAAUAUGGCAGCGCUCAUGCGACCGGUGCGCAGCCUGCUUGGGCUGGCGGCAACCCUGGGCCCCGGCUCCCGUGGCUACCGGGCGCCGCCCCCCCCGCGCCGCUCUCCCGGGCCCUGGUGGCCAGACUUAGAGGACCCGUUGACCCCUCGGUGGCAGUUAGGGCCGCGCCAUGCAGCCAAGCAGUUCGGGCGUCAUGGCACAGCCUCUGGGGUCUCCCCGGAGUCUCUGUGGCCGUCGCAGGAGCAACUGCGGGAGCUGGAGGCCGAAGAGCGUGAGUGGUACCCGAGCCUGGCGGCCAUGCAGGAGUCGUUGCGGGUGCAGCAGCUAGCCCAGGAGGAGAAGCUUCGAGCCAGAGAGCAGCAUAUUGCAGAGUGCAUGGCCAAGAUGCCACAGAUGAUUGAGAACUGGCGGCGGCAGCAGCAGGAGCGCUGGGAGAAGGCACAGGCAGACAAGGAGAGAAGGGCCCGGCUCCAAGCUGAGGCCCAGGAGCGCCUGGGCUACCAUGUGGACCCAAGGAGUGCCCGCUUCCAAGAGCUGCUACAGGACCUAGAGAAGCAGCAGCGCAAGCGCCUCAAAGAGGAAAAGCAAAGACUAAAGAAGGAGGCAAGAGCUGCUGCAAUGGCUGCUGCUGUGGCCCAGGACCCAGCAACCUCUGGGGCACCCAGCUCCUGAGCUUUGACCUUUGCCAAUAAAGCUUGCUACCUGAGUCUCCUGAAGA